CAACACUGGUAAUUCUUUUUCAGGCAACCGUGUUGUUGAAAAGUGACUAUGUGGUAUGAGGAUCUAUGAGUUACCAUGGUUACUUUAUUUGUUACUCCUUGUUUUUGUGGACCAGGUAGCUGUGACAUCAUGCCCAAAUGGAUGUUUAGGUGACGGUGACACCUUAACGUGUAAGGAUAUUAAUAAUGGCGAUUUACCCGAAUUAUAUAUGUGCAUCAACGAUUUACCAAACGUAGCAAUUUUAGAUAUAAGAAGUGAGUUAAAUUGUGAUUGUGAGUUAUUGUAUUUAACUAAUCACCAUGUUAAUCCAGAUUUAAUAGUUUUUGCACCAAUAGAAUGUUCAACUGAAGUUUCGGUGGCUUGUGGCUAUAGACAGUCUGCGCCUGCACCCGACGAAAAUUUGGUUGAGAUAGCGGGUAAAUUUUUCGACGUUCGUAGAGCCGAUCUUCAAGACAAUUUGAAUAAGCACCUUGAAGGCCUAGUGCAGAAAGUGUAUAAAAUCCGUGAUCCUGAAAAACGGUUAAAAUAUGUAAGCGCUGUGCUUAUGAACACUCGUGAUGCCAUUGACAAAAUGCGGGGUGUGCCUACAACUACUUUGCCAAGGACGACUACUAUCGCCACACCAGUAACGACGCCCAAAAAUGUUCUGGCAGCGGCUUUUCAUCCUUUGUGGGAGUUUUUUAAAAGCCAUAGAUCGAAGUCAGACCCUUCAAAGGAUUCAGAACCGACUAUUACAACCACCACACCAUUAGGGAAGACAUCCAAAAAUCGUCUAGAAGCAGCGUUUGAACCUUUGUGGAAGUUUUUUAAAGGCCAUGCAUCCAAUUCAGAAUCCGAAAAAAUUUCUACUAAACAAGAGAAUACUAAUAAAGCUCCAUACCAUAUUGAAAUUGAGCCAAGUGGAUGGAAACAUUUUAUAGAAGACCAAGUGACACCGAAGGCAAGCACACUUACAACACCAAAGUCAAUUCGGGAAAUCUGGGCAGACGACAUGCGGUUGAAAUAUACAAUAUUUGGAUGUAUUAUCGUUUUUAUUAUGCUGGUUGUAGUUAUGGUGUUAUUUGCAAUGACACAGAAUAAAAGAAAUUCUCUCAAUAAACCUAACAAGGGUGAUUUAGAUGUUCAUAGUUACUAUAUAAAUAACAAUAUAUGGAACAAAAUGAAGGGCAAGGUACAAACGGAAUAUAAACGUCGAUCAGUUGACGAUGAACAAAAAGAACAAAAAGAUAAGUCAGUGGUAAUUACCAAUUUCAACAUGCCUAAAGCUAAUCUCGUAAAUAUGGGUCAAACUGAAAUUGGCGCAGUAGCGGUUUCGGGUUUAACAGCGGCCAUUCCGCAACAACCAGUUUCACCAGCUCCUCCUCGAUCCAAUAAAGUAAAAACAGAAUCUCUCAGAGCUAGUAGCCCAGUACAAACACAAACUAGGCUACUAUAUAAAACUGGACUUUAUCCUGGGUCGAGUGACGGGUCCAUAACCACUUUUGAAAGAGCCGUUCCCAGUGACGGUCGUAUUAUUACAAAAUCUGCAGAGCACAAAGUAAAUUUUGGCAGACGCAGCGACACAACUGAAAAACCAAAGGAUGUAACUAGUGCAUCAAAGGAUGCAUCAAAGGAUGUAACUAGUGCUUCAAAGGAUGUAACUAAUGCAUCAAAGGAUGUAACUUAUGCAUCAAAGGAUGUAACUAGUUCAUUAAAUGGUAAAACAGAUACCUCGCCUGUGCAAAAGGAACCAACACCCAUCUCCUCCGAUGAACAUGUAGAAAAGACGCUGUUCAUGAAGAAUUAUGGUCAUAAAAGUGGAUACUCAUUAACUGAAGAUGUUAAAGGAACCGUCAAAAUUUAUGAACCCACUAAAUUCACGCAGGAUGCGACCAAUAGGAAAUUAGUGCAGAUAGAUGAAAGGGCAUUUGAAGCGGUACAGAGUACAGACACAUCGAUGUCUUAUGCCGAGAGAGAAAAGGCGAGGUUGUUGAGAAAGAAGAAACUUACCCGACUUCAAAUCUUCACUGGUUAAAUGUGAAUAGAGUACGGGAACGCUUGAAGCUUCAGCGGCGUAGCUCAACAGGUGGGGGCUACUCUGAUGAAGAAAUCGUUGGUGAAGAAGAAUUUAAACAACCACCAUUUCAUUAGAAGAAAAAACAGAUAAAUCGAAAUCGGACAUAACUUAAAAUCUGUCUUAUAUUUGUAUUUCCUUAAAAUAAAUGUUAAUGCCCAUAUUGUAUUUAAUGUGUAAUUAAAGUUGAUUUGACCGACAUAUUCUAACUCCCGAUACUAUAUUAUUAUGCUUAAUAACGGACCUAAACAGAUUUAGAUCAGAAUAUACUGUUCAAUUGGGUUGAUCUGGUGUUUUAUUUGAUUAGUAAUAUUGAGUCGAAGAUGGUUUGUUUACUAAUUUCAAUGUUAUCUGUCAGUUUUUGUUAAAGUGUCGUUUGUGGCGUGUCUUUUCUAUAAAAUCUCGUUUAACCAAAUCAUUUAUGUUACAUGAUUUGGAAUUACAGUAUUCAACAAUUUUUGUUUUAUAUCUAUUGUCAUGUCGAAUCAGCACGAUCGUUGAUAUAGUCGAUUCAAAAUACGCCUUAUAUUUCAUCCAUGUUGCUAUGUCUAAACGGUUCUACAGUGUACCUGCAUAAAGAAUCUUGCAGCAGCAUUAUGGCCAAGACUAGUAUCUUCAUCACGUGUGUAUCACAUUAUAGUUCCUGGGCCGAAAUGGGUUGAUCUCAACAAACAAUGCCAGUAUGCAAAUAAUACUAGUAAAUUGCGCUGUGGGUUUUCGUCUAUCUCACGUAAAUGUUUUACGUUUAAACAGUUAUGACGUUUAAGAAAGUUUGUGCUAUUCAUCCUAGUAUGGUUUUUGUUUUGAUUUUAGGUGAUAAAUUGUUUCUACUGACACUUAAAUGAACUUUU